UGUGAUCUUAUUUACCAAACCAUCUCCAUCGCAUCUGCGUCACCAGUUUCUUUAUAUACGUGACAUCGAACGUUCACUAUUCAGUACCUAAUUUAAAACGAUUCAGUGUGAAACUUGUUUUACUAUACAAUAACAAAAGUAACAUGAAACGUUAUCAAGGAUUGAUAGUUUUAUCGAGACAACUGACAGACAGUGCUACAGGCAAGAGUUACAACGGGGAUUUCAACAAGAAUAAAUUACUUAGUCGCGUGCAAACAUUGUGGAGAGCAAAAAUGUCUAUGCAAAAUCAAUCGAAGCUGUUGACGCAAUUGAAGGAUUAUUUAAACAAGUCUGGUUACGAUAAGAAUCUGCAGAUCAUUUUAUCCAAGGACUGGUUAGACUUUUUACAGAAAGUAACGUACUCACAAAUAAAUACCCUGAAGAAGUUGUCGUCGAUCGAACUGACGAAAAGUUCGAGCGAUCAGAAAAUGAUCGACACCGAAAACCGAGAAUGCGAUAACAGUAAAGUGGUAGGGGUGGAUCAAAAAGGAAGUGAGGAAAUUGUCAAUACUGUUCUGUCAAAAAAGCAAGAUCAGGUGGAGUCAGGUACGAGUGAAACUAAGCAGAAAGGCAAAACUGGGGCUCAGUCUAUAUCUCAGUUCAUCAGCGCGUUCAUAUUUAACUCAACUGUUCAACAAAGUAAAACUGUUAACUUAGUCGUGCCACCGAAAUGGAAAUUAAACGUUCAUAAAAGUAUACCAAAGCACAGUAUCGCGUCUAGGACGAGACACGUUUUAAACAGCAUCGAAACUGCCGAGUCGAACGGUUCGCGUUUGAGGAGAAUAGAGGACUUGUUGGUGCACGUUGAUCAGUAUCCGGAAGCUAGACAUUACGCGAUUAAAGAAGGAGCAGUCAGAGUGUUGCUUAGAACUCGACGGAGAUCCGAAGACGAACAAGUGAAAGCAUCCGUAAGGGAAGCAUUAGCAGUAUUAGGGUACACAGACCCACUACCUGGCAAAGGUAUCAGAAUUCUUUCUAUCGACGGGGGAGGCAUACGUGGAGUAUUGGUCAUAGAAAUGUUGAAGAAACUGGAAGAACUGACGGGGCAGAAGACUCAUGAAAUGUUCGAUUACAUAUGCGGCGUGAGUACAGGAGCCAUUCUUGCCGCUGCAUUAGUUCUGCCCAAGGAUCCUACAGAAGGUGGACACAAACGAAAGUCGCUAGAAGAGAUCUCCGAAUUGUACAAAGAACUGAGCGCCAAAGUGUUUACUCAGAGCGCGAUCAAGGGAACGAGUAAUUUGGUAUGGAGCCACGGGUAUUAUGACACAGCUCUCUGGGAGCAGCUGUUACAAGAACAUUUAGGAGAUCCGCUACUUAUAAAAACAGUCCGCGAUCCGACUUCUCCGAAAUUUUCUGCUAUAUCCGCCAUAGUAAAUCAUGAACGCGUGAUGGCGUACGUAUUCAGGAAUUACACGUUGCCUCACAGGGUAGAAAGCCAGUACAUAGGAUCUCAUAAACACAAGUUGUGGGAGGCUGUCAGAGCAUCUGCAGCAGCACCUAGUUACUUCGAAGAAUUUAAGCACGGCGAAUAUCUUCAUCAAGACGGAGGUAUACUUGUAAAUAAUCCAUGCGCCGUUGCUUUGCACGAAGCCAAACAGUUGUGGCCGAACAAUCGGCUGCAGUGUGUAAUUUCAUUUGGAACCGGGCGAACGCCGAAUCGAAUUUGCGAAAAUAACGAGGACUACUCGGAAAUAGCGAUAUCAAGCUGGCGAGAGAAGUUCUAUAAGAUUUUAGACAGCGCGACCGAUACCGAAGCUGUGCAUACGAUGUUGAACGAUCUUCUGCCCGGACACAUCUAUUUCCGCUUCAACCCGUACUUGACGGAAAUGUUGUCGAUGGUCGAAACACGCCCGGAAAAGAUCAGUCAACUGGAACAGGACGCGAGAAUGUACAUACGUAGAAACGAGGAGAAAUUUCAGAAGGCUGCCGUGGUCCUGAUGCAACGAAAAAAUGUUCCACGCAAGAUCAUGGAUUGGAUCGCGUUACAACAGAAAAUGACAGGUCUAUGAGUCGACUCGUUCCAAAAGAUCGAUACGCAUUCCUCGAUUUGUAUACGUAGAACGUUAUGCGAACAUUUACAAGUACAAAUUUUGUAUUAGACACCGAACGUCGUAUGUUAUUUACUACAUGAUAUUCUCAGGAUUCUGAUUCUCACACAUUUCGUUCUCACGAGAAAAUCUUUGAUAUAAAUUAGUUUCCUUACAGUAUAAGUGUUACAGUGUGCACUGUGAUGACUUGAACGCGAACGUAGUGUCAAAGUAAUUUUCUUACAAACUUAUGUCAGUAGAGAGAGAGAUUCAAACAAACUAUAUGUAUAUCUGUACGAAUUCGUAGAUGACACGUGUGAAACAUCACAAUUUAUAAUGAUUCUUAAAUGUUGUUAGUUCUUAGAAAACUGUGCUCGAAUUAAACUGUUGCCGACUAUACGUGUGUGUACAAAGAGAAUCGUUUCGAAAACUAAGUUGCGAAAUAUACUUACAUGUACAUAAAUACAUAAUUAAAUAAAUAGAAGUUGUUGAAAAGCAUUGUA